AUGGAACGCUAUAAUCCACCAAGCACAUCGGCUCAGAUGUACUGCCACGGAUGUCAGCGACAGAUCAGAAAAGUUCAAGAGCUCAUGGACGAGCGGUACCUAGACAACAUUGCUUACCAUGUUGAUAAGAACACACUGGAGACGAAGCUGGACAAUAAAGCCAAGGAGCUCGAACUGGAGAAGUUUAGGACAACGACUCUGACGACGUUGUUGAAGAGAUCUCCGAAUCCAGAAGCCAUGGAUGAACGAGUUAAGGAGAUCAUGGAAGUCAACAAAAAGAUGGCCGAGGAGCUUCAGAAAACGAUUGCUGCUCCGUUGAAUUAUCCAUUGGAGGAGUGGUACAAUGCAAUCAACUUAAAAUGGAACGAGAAAUACGACGAACUUCGAGUGUUCCUCAUUGAGAAAAAUAACCAGCUGGUCGAGUAUCAGGAUAUGGAAACGGAACUUUCUGAAGACAUCGAUCAGUACUGUCAAGAGAUUGCGGCAUUGAAGAAGAUGUUGAAGAAGAAGGACGAGGAGAUUGAGGAACUCAAGAAGUCCGCGGCAAAGGAAAAUUUCUCCUUGACAAUCAAGGAAUCGGAGAAAAAGGGUGAGACGACGGAGGAGGAGGCAGAUUCAGGAGAAGUUAAGGAGUCAGUAAAAGACGAAUCAGAGAUCCCGGCCGUCUAA